AGCCAUUUUGGCUCAAGCCAGCUUGUUCAGGCGUGCUUGGGCAGGCGAUGGCGCGGGAGGUUCUGCGGGGCGCGGCUGGUGCCCGUGCCUCGGCAGACCGUCUGGUGCAGAAGUUGGUCAAGCAGCACGCGGAGGCCCGCGAGGAGGCCGCCUCCCUGAGGCGCUCCCUUCGGCAGCUCCUGGGCGGCUUCGAGGUUCUCAUCGGGGACGCGGAGCUGGCGGACCGCGUGGCGGCGCUGAUUCCUGCCUUGCGCGCACUCCUUAAGGGCGAGACGCCCUCGCCCGAGGACGUGCUCAGGCGCAACGUCGCGCUACACGCCGACGCCGAGGGCGAGAGCGUGGCAGAGGCGCGGCCCGCGCGCCUUCGGCAGAUGCAGAGGAGUGCGCGUCUCGAAGCUCGUCUGCAGGGCGUCGGUGGCGCGGAGGUGCUCGGGCGGAAGCUGUACGCCGUGGCGGGCAACCCGGCCGUGCUUCGCGAGCAGGCUGCCCCGUUCUGGCCGCGGCACCCCCCAGGAGUCUGGGAGCAGCUGGGCGGCGCCGGCUGGGAGAGCAGGACUGCGAGCGGUGCUGCACGCGCGGAGGCGCGGCCGCCGCGGGCGCGGGACGCCUUCCUCACGGUCCAGAGCGUUGGGCCUUGGGAGACGCUGCCCCCCGUGUCCAUCCGCUGCACGUGUGGCGCCGUGGUCUACGCCUCGGCUGGUCUUCACGCGCGUGCUGACGCUGUGGCUGGUGCUGGAGGGCCCCUGCCGACGGGCUCCGCGGGCUCGAGUGGUGGUCACGUUGAGGCCGUCUCCAGCCCCGUGGGCAAUGCGGCCGACUCGGCCGAGUUCGACUACCUGGAGGUGGGUGCUGCCGAAGCUGAAGUGGAUACGGCCUGCUCGGUGUCGGAGGCGGCGCCACAGGCCAGCACUGCGGUUCUGGCGUACCUGCACGCUCACCCUGCGGCGCUCCUCUCGGGAGGCGGCGGGGCCCUCGCGGCUCCUGUGGCUGGCGGCACUGGUCCUGGCGCUGGUUUCGAAGGCAGCCGCGUCCGCAGGAAGCGUGGUGCAAGCACGGGGCGGCGCGCCCGUCGCGUCCGCUUCGACCUGCGUCCCGUCGUCAUCGGCACGGCCUUCGAGGAGGAGUCGGAGGAGGCCCCCCCGCGCGGAGGCGGGGCUGGCGGCGUGGACGAGCCCGUCCGCGGUCUCUGGGCCUUUUUGGACGGCCUCUCGGUAGCUUCGAUCGCCUGUGUUGCUCACGGGCCCUCGCUCGCGCUCGAGAGGCUCCUCGUCCUUGCCGAGGCCCAGGUGCAGGACGGUUAGCCUUGCGUGCGGACGCUAAUUCCGUUUGCUCCGUGCAUUAGCAUUUCUUGUAUUUGAAUGUGUACGUGAGCUUGCAACACUACGCUGUUGUCUCUGGAGCUACGAGGUCUGUGAGUGAGUCCUUCCUCCGUAGCCUUGCGUGCGGACGCUAAUUCCGUUUGCUCCGUGCAUUAGCAUGUCUUGUAUUUGAAGGUGUACGUGAGCUUGCAACACUACGCUGUUGUCGUUGAUCUUUGAAGUCCUUUUGCUUCAGCUUGAUCUUUGGUGCAGCUUCGCUGCUUCUGCAUGCCUUUCGGCACCGCCCGCCCUCGUGGCCCUGGGGCCUAGGCGCCCCCGUUGGCCCUGGCGGCCUGCCCUCGGGGAGGCCCGAAGCGGCCCCUCGCGAGGGCGUGCUGGGGGUUGGCCCGAAGCGGCCCCUCGGGGAGGGCGGCCCGAAGCGGCCCCCUCCUGCUGGCCCUGGAGGCUCCUGUGUGAGAGCCUCGGGCUCUCCUUUUUUCCAGCCUUUAGAGGCCCCGCAGCCCACAGCCCACGCAGGAGUACGGCAGACCCCAUAUGAGCACGGCAAAUCCCAAAUGAGCACGGCAGACCACAAGAGCACGGCAGACCACGCAGGAGC